AUGGCGUCCUCGGCCGGCGGCGGGGGCUCCGCGGUGUCGGUGCUGGCCCCGAACGGGCGGCGCCACACGGUGAAGGUGACGCCGAGCACCGUGUUGAUGCAGGUCCUGGAGGACACGUGCCGGAGGCAGGACUUCGACCCCAAUGAAUAUGACCUGAAGUUUCAGAGGAGUGUGCUGGACCUCUCCCUCCAGUGGAGGUUCGCCAACCUACCCAACAACGCCAAGCUCGAGAUGGUGCCUGCCUCCCGCAGCCGAGAGGGCUUGGGAAACAUGGUUCGCAUUGCAGUGCAGAUGGACGACGGCACCCGGCUGCAGGACGCCUUCUGCGCAGGCCAGACACUCUGGGAGCUUCUCAGCCACUUCCCUCGGACCAGGACAUGCUUGGAGCAGCUGGGUGAGGCGACUCCUGUCUGUGUGUACAUGAGGGACGAGGUGGCGGGCACGGCUGCCCUUCAGGGGACGACACUGCAGUCACUGGGCCUCACUGGAGGCAGCGCCAUCAUCAGGUUUGUAGUGAAGCUGAGUGACUCAGCCUCCAGGCCGGAAGCCCGGAGCAGAAGACCAGGAAGCCCAACACUGUCUGUAUCUGCUGACCAUGACGCUGGCCACUCUGUGCUCCCUUUGGACACUGGAGGGCUCAGCAGAGGCGACUUGAGCCGUGUGGAGCAUGCAGGCCCCUCUGAGGCCAGAUCUGCUGAUGGCUGGGGCCCAGAACCGACAGGCCCUCCAGUGCAGUGGGAUUCCAAGUUGUCUUCACCAGCAGCCUUUGUUCCCUUCUCUGGUGGGGGCCAGCGUCUGGGGGGCUCCUCUGGGCCUGCCCACCCCAUGAUGUCAUCAUUCGCCAAAUCACCCAAGUCCUCCAGCCCUGGAGGCCCUUCCCAGCCAAAGAAGUCAAAGCCUGGUCCAGGGUCCCUGCCAGAGUUUGAGCAGCCCGUGGACCGUGACCCCGUGGUGUACCACCCAGAUCUGGAGGACACGCUGCAGGCCUGGCCUGUGGAGCUGCCGGAUGAGUUCUUUGAGGUGACCGUGGAUGACGUGCGGCGACGCCUGGCCCAGCUCAGGAGUGAGCGAAAGCGCCUGGAAGAAGCACCCCUGGUCACCAGGUCCUACCGAGAGGCUCAGAUGAAGGAGAAGCUGGAGCGGUACCCCAAGGUGGCCCUGCGGGUCCUGUUCCCUGACCGCUACAUCCUGCAAGGCUUCUUCCGGCCCAGUGAGACGGUGGGGGACCUGCGGGACUUUGUGAAGAGACACCUGGGAAAUUCAGAGCUGGACUUCUAUCUGUUCAUUGCUCCUCCAAAGACCGUCUUGGGUGACGACACACUGACCCUUUUUCAGGCGAACCUCUUCCCAGCCGCCCUUGUGCACUUGGGCACGGAGGAGUCCACAGAGGUAUACCUGGAGCCCAGGCUGCUGGAGCAUGCCAUGUCCCCAUCCUCAGCUGACAUGCUGGUGACCAGGUGCAUGGCCAGGCCUACAGCAGGUCCCCCUUCACUGCCGGCCCCUGAUCCUGGGCCCACAGAGUGUGAACAGACCACUGAGGACGCACUGGGCCCCCCUGAGUCCACCCCAGAGCCAAACCAGUCUAUGCAGAGAAACCUGGGCCCGGUGCCCAAGUGGCUGAAACUGCCAGUUGGGGACAGACGUCUUCCCUCAUUGCUCAGUAACGACUACUUCCCAGCGGCAGCCUGUGGCCGGGGCCCACCAACCUAA